AAUGUAUUUGUAAUUUUAUCAAUUAUAUUCGGUCAGUGUAUUGCAUAUUAAAUUCGGUCAGUGUAUUGCCCGGGUCAGUAUCCAAUUCAUUUCUUCCAGAGAAUUCUUCCAUUUCACACAACCUAGGGUUUUGAUGUUCCCUUUGAUUUAUGAUCGAAUAUGAGGUUGCUUCUCAAAUUCAGGGGGUCAAUUGGCAGCUGAACUAAUGGAAGGUUUUGACUGAUUCUUUUUUAUAUCCAAGACAUAAAGAUCCGAUUUGCAAGGGCUGAAAUGAGGGCUACACUUCAUGCUCUGUCAAUGUCGUGCUGCAAGUUUUCAAAAAUAUAUGACAGAUAAAUAUAAAAAGGAAGAAAUGACAGAAAAGCAGGAAAGAAUUCAUAAUAGCGAGGUUGUGGGCCAAAAACUGUCUAAUUCAAGUUAUCAUGGCAGAUGCGCUUGUUGCGGUCCUUGUGAAGGAGGUGGUGCGGACACUCGGUUCUGUAGCUACCCAAGAGUUUGCUCUGCUUCGGGGACUCAAAAACGAUAUUUUGAGUCUCAAGGAUGAUUUCGAACAGAUCCAAGCUGUUCUUCAAGACGCAGAAGAGAAGCGUGUCAAGAGUAACGCUGUAGAGGCAUGGCUUAAGCGUCUCAGAUCUGCAUCCUUGGAGGCUGAAAAUGUGCUAGACGAGAUCUCAACUGAGGCUUUGUUGCAAAGUCUACACAAACAAAGAGUCCAAUACAGGGUAAAAGCCUUCUUCUCCUCUAAUCAUAAUAAAUAUAUGACCCGUGUUAGGAUUGCUCACAAGGUCAAAGACAUAAGAAGGAAGCUAAAUGACAUCACCUCCAAGAGAAUUGAGUUAGAUUUGACCCCUUCAGUUCCCACAAGUCAUGUUGACGAUACUGAAGUUGUGGGUCAGAUGCCGCCAGAUAGGGAAACAAGCUCGGUUAUACAUGAUACUUCAGUUAUCAUGGGAAGAAAUGAAGAAAGGGAUAUGGUAAUAGGAGAUAUAUGUAACAAGGAUAUAGGGAAACACGAGAAUGGGGAGGUUCGGGUGUACGGUAUAUGGGGUAUGGGAGGUUUGGGAAAGACUACUCUGGCUCAGUUGGUCUAUAACCAUGAAACGGUGGAUCAAUAUUUCGACUUAAAAUGUUGGGUCUACGUAUCUGAAAACUUCCAAGUUAAGGAGAUAAUGAAAAAAAUUAUUGAAUCAAUAGAUAAAAGUGGGUGUACACUUACACAACUAGAGACGUUGCAUGAGUCCCUGCAAAGCAAAUUAAGGGGAAAAAAGUUUCUAAUUGUACUAGAUGACGUUUGGGUUGAAGAAAAUGAAAAGGCCAAGUGGGAGGAGUUAAGUAAAACAUUAAGUUGUGGGGCUGAAGAAAGUAUUGUAGUGAUGACAACGCGGUCACAAACAACUACUCGAAUGAUGGCUAGGGUUCCUGAGUUACAACAUAAACUAGGAUGUUUAUCGAAAGAGAAUGCGUGGUUGUUAUUUAAGAAGCUUGCUUUUGCACAAGGAAGAGAGGGGGGUGACAUAAGUGAGCUAGAGCCUAUUGGAAGAGAAAUUGUUGAGAAAUGUAAAGGGUUGCCUUUGGCAGUGAAGACCUUGGGUAGCUUAAUGUGGUCAAAAAGUAGUACAAACUAUUGGCAAUAUGUGAAAGACAACAAUUUAUGGGAGUUGGAAGAAAUUAAUGUGGUGCCUGCUAUUUUGAAAUUAAGCUAUGAUAACUUGCUUCCACAUCUAAAGAGAUGCUUUACUUAUUGUUGUUUGUUUCCUAAAGGUUAUGCUAUGACAAAGGAUGAAUUGACUACGUUGUGGGUGGCAAACGGUUUUAUUCCACCCAAAGGAGGAAAGGACUUGUAUAUGCUCGGGGAGGAAAUUUUUAAUUGCUUGGUUUGGAGGUCCUUCUUCAUUGUUAAGGCUAACUCCCAAGAUCAUGAAUAUGUAAUGCAUGAUCUCAUACAUGACAUGGCACGACUUGUGAUGGGAGAUGAUUGUUUAGUCAUAGAGCCCGGCAAGGAGGUUAUAAUCCCAAAUGGGGUCCUUCAUUUGAGCUCAUCAUGUCCAGAUUAUCACUUUUCACCACAAGAGUUAGGCAAGUUAACAUCAUUAAGGUCGGUUUUCAUGUUCGGAGACGGAGACAAGUAUAAAUGUAACAUUAGCCAGAUUUUCAGCCACGUGCAUCUAAGGGUAUUAUACUUGCGCGAUGUCGACCUGAAUGCAUUGCCAGAAUCAGUCUGCAAACUCAAACAUUUAAGAUACUUGAAUUUGUCGGACUCAAGAAUAAAAGUUUUAUCUGAGUCCAUUAUUUAUCUCCAAAACUUGCAAAUGCUGCUUCUGGAAGAUUGUAUGAGAUUGGAGAAGUUGCCUAAAGGCCUCAGAUACAUGAGGAAUCUUCAACGUUUGGACAUCACUAAGUGUUAUUCUCUCAGUCAUUUGCCACGUGGAAUCAAAGAACUAUCUAGUCUCCGAACACUUCCAUUUUUUCCUCUUAACAAGAGUAAGGAAGAGAGUGUGACCAAAAUAGGAGAAUUGGGGAGUCUAAAUCUUCUUGAGGGGAAUUUAAAGAUAGCUGGACUAGUGUUUGUUGGAAGUUUAAGUGAAGCCAAGAGUGCCAAUCUCAAAUGCAAAACAAAUUUGUCAGGUUUGGGGUUACAUUGGUCAGAAAACGCUUUUGAAAGACGUAGACAGCAAAUGUUCACACAUGAUGAAGAGGUUCUCAAGGGACUAGAACCGACUUCUAGUCUCAAGGAAUUGAGUAUAUACGAUUACAUGGGAAAGAUUAUUUCUCCGAGUUGGAUGGUUAAUUUAAAGAAUUUGGUUGGAAUCAAGUUUGAUGGGUGUAAGAAAUGUGAGCAUAUUCCAGCACUUGGGAGAUUACCCAAUCUUAGAGUCAUUGAACUGAGCUUUAUGGAUUCACUGAAGUGUUUCCAUGAUGACGACACAAGUAUGUUAGGAGACACCACCACUAUGUUUCUUUCUUUACAAAAAUUAUACAUCUCCUGGUGUCCAAGUUUGAAUGCCUUGCCAGGUAACCUUCCAAAACUCGAGGUUUUAUCAUUAUAUCGCUGUAAGAAGUUAGUUUCCCUACCAGAUGAAAUUCAAAGUUUCAAUUUUAUGAAGACACUUCAAAUAACUGGAUGUAAGCUUCUAAGGAAAAGGUAUGACAAGGAGAUCGGUGUAGACUGGCAAAAAAUUUCUCACAUUCCCACUAUCCAAAUUGAUCUAUUUCCUGAAGAUGAUGAUGACGAAGAAGAUGAAGAGAAGAUUGAUGAGAUUGACAAAUGAUGGUCGGUGACUUAAAUAUGGUAUUUGCGUCUUGUUCAUGACGUGCACAAAAAUUGGCACUCUAAACACAAGGUAACCCUUGGCGUCUAGAUUUUUAUGUUUUGGUCUACUUUUGUUGAAUUUGGUUAAUUAAAUUUGUGGUAUAAACGCUAGUUUGGUUUAGUUUCUUCAAAAAGGAGUUAGGAUCAUGUAUGUUUUGGUUUGCCGUGUUUGAAGCUGGGUAUAUACACAUCAUGUGGUCCCUAGUCGUCUUUGUAGUUAUGUAUUGAAGCUUUCCAAUUAAAUAAUAUGUGUGCGAUUGAUUUAUUUAUAUAAAGGAGUUUUGUGUCU